AUGCCUUCUAUUUCGUUUAGGGGUGGAGGGCCAGCAGCGCACAAGAGCCCUUCAGAUUUUGCUGCGUGGCUAGAGGGCAGCAACGGGAGCAGCAGCAACAGCAGCAGCAGCAAUGGUAAAAGGAGCAGCAGCAGCAGGGCAGUUCCAGCAGCAAGGAAUCAAUCAGCAGCGCCAGCAGUAGCAGCAAACAGCACUCCUGCGGCAGCAGUUCCAUAG